AUGUCGGACGAAGGCGGCGCCGGCGAGCCGCUCAAUGUGCGCGCGCUGCUGGGGGACGACGCGGUGUACGAGGCCGCCGCCGCGGAGGCCUUCCCGGAGUACAACAAGGCCCGCCUCGUGUCCCUCGAGCUCCCCGACCGCAGUGGCGACAUAAUCAUCUCAACUUAUGGGGAGAUUGACAAGAACAAUUAUCUGGACCCCAGGACUGCGCAAGUGGCUACUAUAGAUCAUAUGAAACAGACUUGUACAAAACUGAGGCCUGCUGAAGAUGAGGAGCUUCCAUCAGCUUACAUUGAAGAGUUUAGGUGUGCUUUAGAUGUUGAAUUGUCAAAAUAUGUUGUUGAAGCUUAUCCCAAAGGGGCCUGUGCCGUUUAUUGUACUAGUGGAAAGGAUAUAGAGGGACCAGGAGCAGAUUUCAGUUUCACAGCAGUUAUUUCUGCUGCUAAGCGUAGCCCACAGAACUUUUGCAAUGGCAGCUGGCGUUCAAUUUGGACUAUGGAUUUCAAUUAUGAGUUGCAGUUUGUUGAUAUUAAAGGAAAGAUACAGGUAGAUGCUCACUAUUUUGAAGAGGGAAAUGUCCAGCUGGAUACUAACAUUGAUCGCAAGGACUCCACCAUGAUGCAGUCACCUGACGAUUGUGCGGUUUCAAUAACUAACAUCAUUCGACAUCAUGAGUCUGAAUAUUUGUCAUCUCUCGAGGAAUCAUACUUAAAUUUGUCUGAUGCAACUUUCAAGGAUCUUCGGCGAAAACUUCCAGUUACCCGUACUCUUUUCCCAUGGCAUAACACACUGGCAUUCAGUCUUACGAGAGACCUUGCCAAAGAAUUAGCGCUUGGAAAAUGA